AUGGAAAUUAUGCCACGUGGCUUCGUCGUGGUUGUUGAAGUCUCUCCUACUUUCUUUUUUUCAAGAUCAAAAUUUAUGUUCUGUCUAGUGGUGUGA